AUUCUCUAACUAUAGUACUAGAGCACGCACAGUCGCAUUCUAAUAAUUAUGUAGUGAGACCCUUUAAUUUAGUAUGUGAAAUCCGGGAACGAAGAAUAUGUAUCCGUCAAUCUGUUAAUCCCGGAUGCGAACUACUGUGUGCAAGACCAUGAAACUGCGUAUGAUUUUCGUCUUGAUGUUAAGCGUUUUAGAAGUAUCAGCGAAUUUCUGCUCAUUGUAUUUUCCUAAAUCGUACGUAAUCUAUCACUUGCGUUCCGAUGAGUUUGUGGAAGUGGAUGGCAAACUAGAAGAAGAAGAAUGGCAACAAGUCGGCUGGACGGAGCGGUUUGUUGACAUCCAGGGGCCACUUUACCCUGUACCACGAUUUGAGACGAGAGUAAAGAUGCGUUGGGAUGACACUUUCUUAUACAUCGGUGCCUACAUGGAAGAGACAGACGUUUGGGCCAAUCAAACAAAACACAAUUCGAUAGUUUUUCAUGACAACGACUUUGAAGUUUUUGUUGAUCCCGACGGUAGUACCCACAUGUACAAGGAGCUGGAAGUAAAUGCCAUCAAUACUACAUGGGACUUGAUGUUGACAAAGCCAUACAUCAAUGGUGGUCAAGCAAACUCAAGCUGGGAAAUGCCGUCAAUGAAAUAUGCUGCUUAUGUAGAUGGUCCCGUGAAUGACCCAAGGAUCCAGAAUAAAUACUGGACAGCAGAGUUAGCAUUGCCUCUAAAAGAUCUUGCAGAUGGCACAGCACACACAAGAAUACCUCCAAAAGAUGGUGAUCAGUGGAGAAUCAAUUUCAGCAGAGUAGAGUGGCAUGUUCAUGUAGUUGAUGGACAUUAUGAGAAGGUGGUUGGUCUAAGAGAAGACAAUUGGGUGUGGUCGCCUCAGUACAGCAUCAACAUGCAUCUACCAGAAAGAUGGGGCUUUAUCCAAUUUGCAAACUACCAGAUAAAUGAAACGGUCUUCACCAAACCCAAAUAUUGGCCCGUAUACGUGUCACUGGUUGAUGUAUAUGAUGCAGAAAAGGAAUUUUUUGCUAUCAAUGGAUAUUUUACAACCAAUCUCACUCAGCUUUCGCUACACGAGUUUGUAAGACAAGGCAAGUGUAGUGGCGUUCCAGUUGUCAGUACUACUGAUUAUGCAUUCAACGCAACAGUUUCGUCUCUGGGUGAUCAUCUAAUAGUAGGACAUAUCCGUGAUGAUAGACUUAUCUGGUUUGACCCACUCUGAUGCCUUGACAACGUGUGGCGUCUGCAUAGCUCAACAGUGUGUCAACAUUAGAGUUUAGAUUAUUGUAGUAGCAGCAAUAUCAAGUACAUACAGUGUAGGUAAGAAAUAAGUUGUGUUUUGUCACAUGAUGAGAA